UUGCAACAGGGCAAAAGAACGUUCCUGGUAGGAGAAGUCACGGGUCAUAAACUGAGUCACCUGGCAACAGCUUCUCACAGCUGGCCCACAUAAGAGGACCACCUACAACAGCGGAAGACCAGGGAACUAGCGGAUGUGCGCUGACUUCUCCGGACGCUCUUCCUUGUCAUUUUUUCCUCAUAAGGAAGAGAAGCUUAACGAGUCAAAAGUUCUUCUUACUAAAGACGCGCUGAGAGAUUGUGACGCUGGUUUUGAACUCAGACAUGGACGGAAGCGCUCAGAGGACAUCUUUCCCUGCGUGGACCGAGUGUUGGGCAGUAAGACGGAUCCGCGCGCUGGUUCCGUUGGGUUUUAAGGGUGAAAUUAAAGAGUUGUCCAAGCUGGCCGCACCAGUGAUGUUGGCCCAGUUCAUGGGCUAUGCUGUGAGUUUUGUCAGUACAGUUUUUUGCGGCCAUCUUGGGAAGAAAGAGUUGGCGGGAGUGUCUUUGGCCAUAGCUGUGAUUAAUGUCACAGGUGUAUCCAUAGGUUUUGGGUUGGCAUCAGCAUGUGAUACGCUGAUUUCACAGACCUAUGGGAGCGGUAACCUCCUGAGAGUCGGAGUCAUUCUGCAGCGGUCUAUCCUCAUUCUGUUAUUGGCUUGUUUCCCCUGCUGGGCCAUUCUCAUCAACACGGAGCCCAUUCUCUUGGCGUUCAGACAGGAGCCAGAAGUCGCCAGUUUGGCUCAGAUGUAUGUAAAGAUCUUCAUGCCAUCACUUCCAGCUACUUUCAUGUUUUCCUUAGAAUCACGAUAUCUCCAGAACCAGGGCAUCAUCUGGCCGCAGGUCAUCACAGGGCUAAUUGUCAAUCUGCUCAACGCCCUCGUUAACUACAUUGUGCUCUUCGUAUUGAAAAUGGGAGUAGCGGGCUCCGCUGUUGCCAACACUUUGUCUGAGUUUGCCUUGGCUGGAUUCCUUUAUGCUUACAUCAUGUGGAAAGGUCUUCACAAGACAACCUGGGCAGGCUGGUCCAAAGAAUGCCUCGUUGACUGGAAAUCUUAUAUCCAAUUGGCUGUUCCUGGAAUGGUCAUGAUGUGUGUAGAGUGGUGGACAUAUGAGAUUGGAGGUUUUCUGGCAGGUCUGAUAAGUGAGGUUGAGCUUGGAACGCAGUCGGUCGUAUACCAGCUGGCAAAUAUUGCCUACAUGUUCCCGUUGGGUUUCAGCGUUGCAGGCAACGUGAGAGUCGGAAACGCUUUGGGAGCUGGAGAAACGGAGCAGGCCAAGCUGUCUGCGAAAGCAACAAUGUUCUGUGGAGGGUCGGUGUCUGUUUGCUUGGCAGUCCUCAUCGGGAGUCUGAAGAAUCAUAUCUCUUACAUCUUUACAUAUGAUGAGCAGAUUAGGGAAAGGGUGGCAGAAAUUAUGUCAUUUUACGCUCCAUUCGUCAUCCUGGAUGCCAUGUCUGCUGCCUCUGGUGGGAUCAUCAGAGGAGCGGGUAAACAGAGAGUUGGGGCUAUUUGCUACUUCUUGGGAUUUUAUGGCAUCGGAUUUCCUAUUGGAAUCCCCCUGAUGUUUGUUGCCAAACAAGGAAUAAAGGGUCUAUGGACUGGCCUGUUUACCUGUGUAUCACUGCAAUCCACAUUCCUCAUUUUCUAUCUGCUCAGGAUGAACUGGAAGACAGCCACAGCAGAGGCUCGGAUCAGAGCAGGUGUGAUUGGCUGUUCUUCAGACACAAGUGCCCAAUCAGAAGACGCAGAGCAUUCGCUAAGCGUGACGGACGCCAUGGAUCUGGUUGACACAGAAGAGGUUUCGCUGGAAGUCCAGCCCUCCUUCAGGAGCCUGGUUCUGCGAAGAGGUUUAGCUCUGGCUGGGAUGCUAUUGGUCCUGGCUACUGGAAUCACCAUAAACCUGCUGGUCACGAACUUGGUUACUUGACUAUGAGUAAACUGUCAUCGCAGUGA